UGUGGAUACCGAGAUUUAUACGAAGAGUCCACGCGCACUAUUAGACCAACUCCAACCUUUUCUCACUCAAGAUUCAAGUCUUUUCCUCUCUUUUUCUCUCUUUUUUCUUUUUUUCCUCUUGCUCUUUCCCUCGUUUCUCUACAAUGGAUGCCAAAGAUUACGCCAAGAUUACCCAACAUUCAGGCCAAGAGAGUCAUGGAGUUUAUCUUUGUCACAAAUGCGGGUGGCCAUUCCCUAACCCACAUCCGAGUGCGAAGCACAGACGAGCCCACAAGAGAGUCUGUGGGAAAGUUGAAGGGUAUAAGCUUGUUCACUCAGAAGGUAGCACCCAUUCAGCAGUUUCAGAUGAUGAUGAACACCCCUCAGAUGAUGAUCAUAAAACCCCUAGUCCAAAAAAUGUGGAGACAAGUAAAAAUGGGAUUGGUACCGGUGGAAUCGGGGAAAGAUCAAAUAGAAUGGAAGAUGAAGUGUUUUCGGAUGCAGUUACUGAAUUUUCAGACAGUGGAAUUGGUCCUGGAAUUGAACAAGUUUUGGAGGAUGCUAGAGAAUCUAUUACUAAUGUGGAAAAGGUAGCAAAGGAUGGUUUCGAUGCCAAACAACCGCUUAAAGAUAAUUCAAUUACAGUGGCAGGAUCCAUUUCAGAAGACUUAACUAAAGAAUCAACUUUAUGGCUUAGUGGGGAUGGAAAUGAUUCAGCAUGCAACUUGUCCGCCAUCAAACCUGAAACACCAACAGAGGCACCACAAGAGGAUUGCAAGACUAAUGCUGUUGAGGGCAUCAUGGAAUGCCCUUUAAGUGGGAAUAUCGGGGAAAGCCCUAUGGCACUGAUUAAGCAGAAGACUGAUGCAAUGGAGAAUGAAGAAAAAAAUGUAGACAGAAAAUUACUCGAAAUUGCAGUCUCACCCAAUGAAAAUUCUGGUGAAACAUCUGAGGCUGGGUUAAAGUCAGAGAAGACAGAUGAAAAAACUUUGGAUCCUGUGGAAGGUGAUGUUAUUGUUCAAUCAGAGGAAGAUCAAACUGAUGGGAGAGGAGCUAAAAUUUCCCCAACUUGUCUCUCCUUGGACCCUAAAUCUGUUGAACAGAUAGAUGCAUCUGCUGACACUGCUCAUGAUCAGGUGGAUACUGCACAGGGAACAUAUUCUGCAAGUGGUGGUGAUUUAGUUGAGGUUUGCAAGGCAAAGGGAGAAGAGAACGAAAAUAUACUUGUGAUCGAUGGAAAAUUACUGGACACUGCAGUCUCAACGAGUGAAGAUGCAAGGGAAACAUCUGAGGUAGGGUCGAAAUCAGAGAAGAUAGAUGUAAAAACUUUGGAUCCUGUGGCAGUUGAUGGAAUUGUUGAAGUAAAGGAAGACCAAAGUGGUGGGGUAGUAUUCAAGUCUUCCCCAAGGGAUCUCUCCCCUGGCCUUAAAUCUAUUGAACAGACAGAUACAUCUGCUGAUACUGCUUGCAUUCAGGCUGUUGCUGCACAGGGAUCAUAUUUAGUAACUUCUGGUGAUUUGGUUGAUUCUUUCAAGGCAAAGGGAGAAGAGAAUGAAGCUGUGCUUUCAGAUCCUGAUGGUAUACCUGCAGUAGACAAUCCUGUGACUGCAGUUGAAUAUUUUAGCGAUCAUGAUGUGGUGAAAUCUAACGUACCUGUGACCUUAGACUCUUGUGAAUUGAUCAAGGAUAUGGGAGAUAAUACUACUGUGCCUGUUUCUGAGGAGAACCAUCUUGGUAUCCAGUCAAGGCAAUUGGCUGGUUGCACAGGUCCAUCUCUUUCAGAUGUUCAAGCUUUUGAAGAUAACCUUAAACAGGAUGAUGUUUGCAGAAAUCCUACCGUGCCUGUUGAAGGGGAAGCUGGUGUUUCUGAAAUCAAGUUUGCAAUCUGUGAAAACCCUAGAUUAGAUGAAUUUGGUGCUCCUGCAAAGCACUCUGGGAGUGAACUCGAUAAAAAUCAGACAAUUUGUUCUGUUGAAGAACACGGACCUCAUGAUUCUAGCAAGGAAUCACUUGAGGUCUGGCCAGAAAAUGCAACAAUGGUUUUACCUGACACAAUGGUUUCUCUCAUUGACACUGAAAUUUGUCAAAAAACCAACUUAGUAGACAACAACAGUGGUGGUGAUCAUGAGAAGGCUAGAAUUGAAAAUUAUGAUAUGGCUGGAAGUAACAUUACUGAAGGAGCUACUGAGGGAAAUCUUACAGAGAACAGGAAAACAGCCUCUGAAUGUGUGAGCACUGUCUCUAACUCCCAAGCUAAUCAAACUAUCAACCUACUUGAAGGUGACAGUGCUGGUGAUCUUGAAUAUGUCAAAAAUGAAACAUGUGAGAUAGCUGGAAAGGAAAGCACAGAAGGAUCUAAAGAGGAAAAUAUUGCACUUGGAGGUGACAGUGCUGGUAAUCAUGACAAGGUUGAAAUAAAAAAAUGUGAGAUAACAGAAAAGGAAAGCAGGGAAGGAGAGGAAAAUAUUGUGAUGAGUACCCCUGAAUUUGCAAGCAGUCUAUCUGAAUCCCAGGUUGCUGCAGAGGAUGAUAUGAAUGUGCCCGUGAGGAACUUACCUGAAACUGAAAACAAGGAUUUGUAUGAAGUUUCAGAUCCAAGCAGAGUUGAAAUCGAUAUAACAGAAACACAUUCUUGCCUUCAAAACCAGGAUAAAGGUUCUCAAGGACUUGAUAUCAGUAAGCAUGAUGAGGUAAAAGUACAAUGUUUGGGUGCAGUCUGUGGAGUUGCUGAGUCAAAUCUUGAUGGUGAGAAAUUAACACAGAAUGCAGAAAACCUGUCAAUGCAGAAGACUGGAGAUUUUGAAUCUUCUGUUCAAUGUUUGACCACUGUUGAAGAGGACCAUACUCAAAUGCUUGGUGGGGAAGCUUCUGGUAUUAGUUCAUCAAUGAAAGAGCCCAUGCUUUCAUCUGGAGAUGCUGAAUCUUCUGUUCAGAGUUCAGUUGCUGUUGAAGAUGAUUGCACUGGAUUGCUUGCUGGGGAUACCUCUGGUAUUAGUUCAUCAACAAAAGAGCCAAAGCUUUCAUCUGUUGAUGCUGAAUCUUCUGUUCAAAGGUCAACGACAGCAGUUGAAGAUGAUCAAACUAAAGUGCUUGGUGGGAAUGGUUCUGGUGUUAAGUCAGAGACAUUGCAAGUGGAAGGUGAUAACAACAUUAUCGAUAGACAGCUUGGUGUUUUGCCACUUGAUGUUUCAAUUGAUUCAGGUAGUCAAACUGAUAGUUUGGAAGGCAACUGGGGUUCUGUUUCAGUUGGAACAGGCCUUUCAACUCAAUCAGAUGCACUGGCGGUUGUCGACACUGAAGCAUUGCAACUGACUGGUUCCAAAGCACCUCCCAAGUCAGAGAAAGAUACCUUGAAAAAGCCAAAACAUGCGUCUGUAUCACAUGAUUCUGACAAAUCGGAUGUCUUUGAGCCACCAUCCUUUGCCACAUUGGUUGAACCUGGAGGUGGUGGGAAUGGUCUGAAAUCUGCCCCUUCUGAAAUCCAGACUGUACAGAGCCAACAACAGCCAAACCCUGCAUCUUCACAAGCUGGGUGGUUUCCUUCUCUUACUAAUGUUGUGAAUGAAUCACAAGGGAGAAAGAAGAAUGAAGAGGCUAUUGCCAAGGUUACUAACUGGAGCCCAGGGAAGCAACACACACCAUUGAAAAAUCUUUUGGUUGAAGCUAACACUGAAACCAAGCUGAAGUCACCAACUCCAAAAGGAAAUUCAGCUUCGGUGACUCAAAAAGAUGAGGCCCCAGCCAAAAAUGGCAGUGCCGCACCUCCCACAAAAGUGAAUUCGAUUCCAGGUCCUGAAGCUCCCACUACUGAGCCUGCUAAGGAUUUGGGACAGGAAUGGAACUCUCCGGCAAGGUAUCCAGUCGACAGCAAGAGAGAGAAGAGGAAAGUUAAGGGGAGACCAUACUGGGCGCCUUUUGUAUGCUGCUCAUCUGUAAAUUAGGACCCAUGUCCUCAGCAAUAUCGCAAUAUGUGAUAGAUGGAUAUGCCAUCCAACUGCAUUGCCUUUAAUGGAUAAAGCUUCUGCUGGUAAGCUAUGGCCUAAUGAGGCAAAUAUACUUGUGUGGUAUUAGCAUUGAUUUGUAGAUUAUGGGUACAUAAGGUCUUGGUCAGUUGCCUCAAGUCUUAGACUUGGGGUUGUAUAUGGUUAUCGAUGUUAUCGUUAUCAACAUCGUUGUUUCUUUCGAUUAAAUUGAUGGAUGGGUGUGGUAUGCUGCAGCAUGUUGAAUAAAGGGUAGAUCAAUUUGGAGGCACAUCCUUUCAAGUCUUUUGUAUGCCUAGUUGGUAGCGUUAGUUUCAUGUUUCUGAAGGGAUGACUGCCAAAGUUGUUUUCAGUUUGAGUUCUUGUUAUGCUAUCGAAAAUACAUCAUCGAUCGGGUCGAUUGUAUUCGAGUUUUGUUAGUUUAUAGUUUUGAAUUUUAAUCUUUUUAUCACA